CCAUUGGCCCAGUGAGAAGCAGCUGACUGGAGGAGGUGGCCGAGCCGCUGAGUGGAAGGAUGGCUGCUCCGGCGGGGACCCAGCUGAUUCUCCCCGAGACUCCCAGCAUGAAAAAAGCAGUGUCUCUGGUUAAUGAAGUAGAUACUGGAAGAUUUCCUCGAUUGCUUACCCGAAUUCUUCAGAAACUUCACUUGAAGACUGAGAACAGUUUCAGUGAAGAGGAAGAAGAAAAACUCCAAGCUGCAUUUUCAUUAGAGAAACAAGAUCUUCACCUGGUUCUUGAAACAAUAUCAUUUAUUUUGGAGCAGGCUGUUUAUCACAAUGUGAAACCAGCAGUUCUGCAGCAACAAUUAGAGAAUAUUCAUCUCAGUCAAGACAAAGCAGAAGCAUUUGCCAGUGCUUGGACUAGUAUGGGUCAAGAUACAGUUGAAAAGUUCAGACAGAGGAUUUUGGCUCCCCAAAAGCUUGAGACAAUUGGAUGGCAGCUUAACCUUCAAAUGGCUCAGUCUAAUCAAGCAAAGCUGAAAUCUCCUCAAGCUGUGUUAGAACUUGGAGUAAGCAAUGAAGAUUCAAAGAAUUUGGAAAAAGUUUGUGUGGAAUUCAACCACAAGGAGUUGUUUGAGUUUUAUAACAAGCUAGAGACCAUGCAAGCACAGCUGGAUUCCCUUAUGUGAUGUUUUCGAAGACUGGUUUUUCCAUCGCACUCCUGCCACCUCAUUAUUUGUAUUGAAGAUAUAUUGCUAAACUGUGUUUUCUGAAGGACUCAAUGACUUUCUUCCUGUAAAAUUAUACGGCUUAUCUCCUCUUAGACCAGUAACAUUAGCCAAAGAAGGUUAUUGUUAAGAGUACUGCAGUCCUAAUUGACUUUCUCUUGUUUUUUUGAACCAAUAACUAUUGUUAAGAAGACUUUUAUUAAAAAGAAAAUAAAAGCUAAUACUUUAUUGUUUUACUCUUA